AGACCAGAUAAAAAUCCACCUUUCCUUUUCUGGACAUAGCAAGCCCUAAUCUGCCGGUAUCAAAUUCCCCCACAAAAACCCUAAUCGGACCAACCCUAGGGUUUACUCUUUGACCGGAUCCAGACCGUAAGCCUGUUCAGCUUUUUUAGCUUUUUUCUUCGGUAGAUAUGGAGGUCGCCGUCGUUAGCUCGGUGGAGAGGAACCAGAAGCAGACAUGGGCUUGUUCUGUAACUGAAGUCAUGGUCGCUGAGACGGUUAUCAUUGUCGGCAGAACUGUAGCGUGUCUGCUCCUUGUGGCAGGAUCUCUGCUGACUGGUUUGACGGCUGUAGAACAGAGAUUUCCUUUUGAGGAGCUUUACAAGAUGGAACGUCAUGGCGAGGAAAACAAAGACGGCAGUGAAACUGAGGAUGAUGAUGAUGAUGAGGAAGGAGCUGAUGACCAGGAUGAUGACGACGACGACGAUGAUGAUGAUGCAGGUGAUGAAGAUUUCUCUGGGGAGGAAAAGGAAGAAGCUGACCCAGAGGAUGAUCCCGAGGCCAAUGGCAAUGGAGGAAGCAAUGAUGAUGAUGAUGAUGGUGACGACAAUGAUGAUGACAAUGAUGACGAUGAUGACGAUGAUGAUGACAACGAUGACGAUGAUGAGGAGGAAGAGGAGGAAGAUGUUCGCCAGCCGCCAUCUAAGAAAAGGAAAUGAAAGGGAUGAGAAGAAAAAUGAAGAUGACCCAUGAGGUGUUUAAGGUUAAAGACAAAAUCUCUCUCUAUGUUGUCUCCUUUGUUUUUCUUGUUUUUGGUUCUUUCAGACAUUGGAAUUGGAUGGUUUAGAGUCUAAGUGUUGAGUCUGUAGAGUAGGAAACUUAGUGAUUCAGAACCUCAUCUACUAUGUUGUUAUCUGUACCUUCUCUUCCUGGAUUUCUCUUUCUCUCACUC